CUCACUCUCCCCUCGUCUCACACACGCGACCUUCUUCCUCUUCCACUCUUCCACUCUUUCACACUUCAAUCCCUACCGUCGCCCUUGGUCAGCUCCCUCUUCAACGCUCCUCAUCAUGGGCAUCUCUCAGGAAAUCUCCAAUGGGCCCCCCAAAGUCCAUGGACAUGGAGCCCGCGGGUGAAAAAUUUUAUGCCGACCCCCCCCAGUAUGACGGCGACAUCGUCGGUGAGAUGAGCGAGAGGGAGAGGAAUAUCUACGACCAGGGCUGUGAUAAAUUCCAUCGCCUGGGCUGGAAACGCCUCACUGUCAUCCUCAUCGUCGAGGCCAUCGCCCUAGGCUCUCUCUCCAUCCCCUCCUCCUUCGCGACGCUGGGUAUGGUCGCUGGUGUAAUCUGCUGUGUUGGACUCGGUCUGGUCGCCAUCUACACCAGUUACAUCGUCGGUCAGGUCAAAUUGGCUUUCCCCAAUGUCGCCAGUUACGCAGAUGCUGGCACGCUCAUGUGGGGUCGCGUCGGAUACGAAGUGAUCAAUAUCAUGUUGAUUCUGCAGCUCAUCUUGCUCGUCGGUUCGCACACUCUGACCGGUACCAUUGCCUGGACCACCAUCACCGAGAGCAACGUCUGCUCCAUCGUCUUCUCCGUCGUCUCCGCUGUCAUUCUCCUGCUUCUCGCCGUUCCCCCGAGCUUUGCUGAGGUCGCCAUUCUCGGCUACAUCGAUUUCAUCUCCAUCAUCGCUGCCAUCGGUAUCACCAUCAUCGGUACCGGUGUCGAGGCCACCAAUUCGCCUGGUGGACGUUCCGCCGUCAAUUGGUCCGCAUGGCCCAAGGAGAACAUCACCUUCACCGAUGCCUUCAUCGCCAUCUCCAACAUUAUCUUCGCCUACAGCUUCGCCAUGUGCCAGUUCUCCUUCAUGGAUGAAAUGCAUACUCCCAAGGACUUCGUCAAGUCCAUCUGGUCCCUGGGUAUCAUCGAGAUCAUCAUCUAUACUAUCACUGGCGCCGUUGUCUACGCAUUCGUCGGCCAGGACGUGAAGAGCCCUGCCCUGCUCUCUGCCGGCCACGUGCUGAGCAGAGUCGCUUUCGGAAUAGCCCUGCCCGUCAUCUUCAUCAGCGGUUCCAUCAACACCACUGUCUUGGCCCGUUUGCUGCACGGUCGUAUCUACAAGAACUCUCCUAUCCGUUUCAUCAACACGAAGAUGGGCUGGAUCACCUGGUUGAUCUUCAUCACCGUCAUCACCUGGAUCGCCUGGGUCAUUGCCGAAGUCAUCCCCUUCUUCUCCGAUCUUCUCUCCAUCUCCUCGUCUCUCUUCAUCUCCGGCUUCACCUUCUACUUCCCGGCUCUCAUGUGGUUCAUGCUGCUUCGCAAGGGCCCGUGGACUUCUCCCAAGAACAUCGCCUUGAGUAUCGUCAAUGCCUGUGUGUUUGCCAUUGGCAUGAUCACGCUUGGUGCUGGCACAUACGCCAGUGUCGAUGAUAUCGUAUGUGCUUUCCCUGGCAUUUUUCACGUUGCAAUAGCUAAUUGUAAUCACACAGAUCAACAACUACCGGGACGGAUCAGUCAGGGGUGUUUUCACCUGCGCAAAGCCCAACUAGCGCGCACCUUCCAGUGUACAAUACGUAAUAUUUUUUUACUCCGGCGUUUGGGAAAGUUUCGGAUCUUAUCUGCUUUACGUCACAUGUCGUCUAUGUAUGGUGUAGGGAGUUGUGCUUAUUUCACGAGUUUCUGUGGAAAAUGUUUACUUACGGAAGUAGAGGUGACGAGCCUUACAUGAUAGAAAUAGAGUACAAUCUCAGAAUCAGUUAAAUUUAAUGGAUUAACGGUGAUAAUAAUUACUAGCUGUCUCUUGAGUUCCAGGUAGUGGAUUAAAAUGAGUUUCGCUUUUCAGCUCGAUGUGGAUUCGAAAUGCGCGUUGAAUUUCCAAAGAACAUGCUGUACAAAAGUGACAUAUUGGAAGUUAAUACCAAGUAAGACAGGAUGGGAGAGUGGUUAAUCCGCAAGACUCGAAUCUAAUCUUCUCUUGGAUUAGAGUGAUCUUGUCCCUUUGGGGUCGUCAGUUCGAAUCUGGCUCCUGUCGUAUUCUUUUUUCUCAUUUUCUUUUUUUUUUUUUUUUUUCUCCAAAGUAACCUAUCUGCAUUAUAACUACUCCGUACCUGAUGUCUCUUCCUCUUUUUUUUUUCCCUCCUGCUAUGAUAAAUGCAGACGAGAUUCGGGCGAUCCGCAUUUCUAAAAUAGUGUAACUAUAGACACA